AUGUCUUUGAAUCUAAAUAGUGUGUUUUCGGAAAAGAUAAAUCUCUAUGAUGAGCUGGAGAUUCCUGUCACCGAAGGUCCAGAGCUAGUGCCAUCCUCGCUGAUAAAGAAACAGUACCGUAAAUUAGCACUGUUAUACCAUCCGGACAAGAGACCUGAUGACCCGGGCGCAAUCCACAAGUUCCAUAUGCUAUCAUUGGCAACUCAUGUUCUUACUGAUGAAGCUCUCAGAGCGACCUACGAUGAAUGGCUGCAAAGAACGCUCCUGGAUGGGAGUAAGGUCGAUGAGCAACGCAAUGAGCUAAUAACGAAGCUAAGCAAGCUUGAAUCCAAGGCGCGGAAAGAUGAAACAGCUGGGCAAGCAAGAGACCUCACUAAGAUUCAAGAAUAUGGGGCAAUGCUAAGGAAAAUGAAGCAUUUCAGAAUCCCAUACGGUGACUGGAGGACGCUGAACCCCGCCGCCUUAGCUGCUGAGCACAGAACUGAUAAGCACAGAUUUUAUGACUCCUCUACCCUAAGGAUAGAGCUGAGGAACGAUCUAUUGGAUGCAAAACUGUCUGAGAAGAGUGUUCUGUGCCGGAUUUUGAGCGAUCUCUUUCAAGUCAAACGACUGUACGAUCUGUUCUACUCAUCAAGAAAUGAUUAUGAGCAUGAUAAAUCUAUAGUUGCCUACGCUGUCUUUGAGACAACAACAGAUUCAAAGCAAGUCUACGAGACGUGGAAAGCCAGCCCCAGAUCGCCCCACUGGGGGGAACUCGUUUUGGAUAUCUCACCUAGGAUUCCAGUCAGUUACUACAAAAACUAUGAGAAGGAAGUGGAAUUGGAUCAGCAUAUUGCUGACCUGGUCGCUAACUCGACAAUAGUUAUAGACUAG